UCGGAGGACGAUAUCUUGCUGUGGUCUGAAAAGGAGCUACAUGAUGCUGCCAAGAAGAACGACAUGGGGAAAAUGCAGGAACUGAUCAAGAAAGGUGUGGACGUCAAGGCCAAAAACAAAAAUUUGAUGCUAUAGAAUUCAACAAUUUGGAGGCGCACAAUAAAACUGGUCUGGAUGCCGGCAGUGAAAGUCCCUGACAAGGUCUGGGUUCUAGAUCUGCCGGCAAGGAACCCAGCAUGGCUCCUCCAGUGUGUAUACCCCUCCUAGUCGAUGAGGCACUGGACACCUUGACCCAGACGACACACAUCCAACAGCCUGCGUGCGCACUAUAUAGACAGGCUGGUCGUCCAACAUCCUGGGUGGCGGAGGAGGGCUUGGCUUGGAUGGGUUUUACUUGGGAGAUGUGAAAGAUAGACCGUAAAGCACUGCACUGGGCAGCAGGAGCUGGGAAUGAACAGGCUCUGUGUCUCCUGCUGGACCACGACACAGACGUUGAUGAGAGGGACAGUUUUGGCAUGAAUGCUCUGCUUCUGGCAUCCUGGUUUGGUCAUCUAAAGAUCCUGCAGAUCCUGGUAUCCUGUGGAGCCAAGCUCAACUGUGAGAACAAAGAUGGCCUGAGUAUGCUGCACUGUGCUGCUCAGCGAGGCCACAUUACGGUGUUGGAAUUCAUCAUGGAGGACCUGGAAGGCAUUUGUCUGGACAGAGCUGACAAGGCAGGCAAGACAGCCCUCCAUCUAGCUGCUGAACACGGACAGCUUGAAGUGGUGGAGUUUCUCAUUGGAAUGGGCUGCACACAUGGUUUGAAGGACAAGGAAGAGAACACAGCUGUGCAUCUAGCAGCAAAGCGAGGGCACGCAGAGGUCCUACAGAAGAUCAUGGAGACUGGAGUAGAUGCGAACGAGAGGAAUGUAGAUGGUCUCACAGCGUUACACCUGGCAGCUGAUGGAGGUCACUAUGAGUGUGUCAAACUGCUGCUGGAAUCCAGCUGUAACAUCAAUGCACGAACUAAUAGGAAUAUGAAUGCCCUCCAUUACGUGGCCCAGCAUGGCUUUGACAGAGAGGCCAGCUUGCUGCUGGAGGCAGGAAUCAACAUAGAUGCUGUAGAUAAUCAGCAAAUCACACCGCUCCACCUGGCUGUGUUCAACAAUCACACAGAUGUUGUACGACGGCUUAUAGAUGCUGACUGUGACCUGGAUGUCACUGACAGUAGACAGCAGACUGCACUGCACAUAGCAGCAGAGCACGGAUGGCAGGACCUGGCUGAGAUUAUUCUGAUGUCUGGUGUUAAUCUCAAUCUGACUGACAAGCAGGGGAAAACAAGUCUGGAAGUUGCAGCAAGAGGAAACCAUGUCAUCCUGGUUGACAUGAUCAUCAAAGCUGACCGUUUUUAUAAAUGGGAGAGGGAUAACCUUACCAACGAGCAGGAAUCCUGUGUGGGUCGACCUCUCAGCUUCAAACAGGACCACCAGCCAGAGACACAGCACUUGCGCUCUGUUCUGUGGAGCCUUGCCACCAAGCACCUCUGCCGCGGAGAGUGGAAGAUUCUGGCACAACACUGGGACUUUAGUGAUGCACAUAUACGAGCUAUAGAACAACAGUGGACAGGUAUGAAAAGCUACAAAGAGCAUGGUCACCGCAUGCUGUUGGUAUGGCUUCAUGGAGUAGUGGUGGCUGGGGAAAACCCAAUCAAAACCCUCUACGAGGGGCUGGUGCAAAUCUCACGGGCGGACUUGGCAGAGUGCAUUCGGCAGAAGGCCAACGCAGACACCAGCUCUCCCAAAAUGUGCUCUACAAUGUGACCAACACUGUGAACGACCGUAGCAGACACCCAACAAACCCACCCCUCACGUUUACAGAACUCCAUCCAGCAGGCAAUGCCCAGAACUGAGCCCAUAAAAAGCUCUUUGUUGUCAAUGGCAUGACCUGCUUUCAUGUUCACACUGUAAAUACACUGUUUACUUACCACUAGCUAAGGGAAUGCUGGAUGUAAACCUGUGAACUACCUGCUGAGAGUGUACACUAAGAGUUUUUUUUUUAAAUUUUUUGAUGUAUGUGCUUACUAAUACAGCUCAUACUGUACUGUAUCUCUGGAAGCAAAGGGCUUUGUUCACACAAUAGUACAGCCUAUAAUGACCAUGUAUCAGUCAGCAAUUCAAGCAUAUAUGUAUAGUCAUUAAUUAAUCAAAAUUAUUGGCACCCCUAAAAUUUUUCCAGAAAAUACACCAUUUCUCCCAGAAAUUGUUGCAAUUACAAAUGUUUUUGGUAUACACGUGUUAGUUUUUCUUAAUGUGCAUUGGAAAAACACAAGAAAGUAGAAGAAAAAAACCAAAAUUUACCUAAUUUUACACAAAACUCAAAAAAUGGGGUGGACAAAAUUAUUUGCACCCUUUUAAAACUGUGGGUAAAUCAUUUUAUUUCAAGAAUGUGAUGCUCAUUUAAACUCAACUGUGGCAAGUAACAGGUCCUUGCAAUAUAGAAAUCACACCUGAAGCCAGUUAGAAUGUAUAAACGUUGAUUCAACCUUUGUGUUGUGUGUCUGUGUGUAUCACACCAAGCAUAGAGAAGAGAAAGAAGAGCCGAGAAGUAUCUGAGGACUUAAGGAGCAAACUUGUGGAAAAAUAUGAACAGUCUUGAGAUUAAAAGACCAUCUCCAGAGAUCUUGAAGGCCAGUGCUCUGGAUCGUAGUGGAGGAAGCCUGCUGGGAUCUCCAGUGUUGCUCCUUUAGGAAGGAACUGACCGUUCACCACACAGUCACGUUCGAUGUUUCGUGCAAACCUGAAUCCAGGUGGGUAGAGGCGUAACGCUUCACUUAUAACCAUGUCCAAAUACUUCAACUCCUGGACAUUUGUGUAAUCUGGUGAGUCAUAUCUGGUGAAAAAAUCAUCCACCUCUUCCUGCACUUUGCAUUGACAUUCAGGGUGGAGGGCCAGGAGGUAGCAGGUGAAGGCUAACGUGUUGCAUAAUAUUAUCAAGAAGUUUAUAAUCCAUGGAACUGUGGCUAAUCUCCCUGGAUGGGAACGGAAGAGAAAAACUGAUGAAAGAAUGCAACACAGGAUAGUUUGAAUGAUGGAUAAACAUCCUCAGUCAAAUUCCACACAAAUUCAGGCUGUCCUGCAGACUCAGGGUGCAAAUGCGUCAGCUCGGACCAUACGUUGUCAUCUGAAUUAGAAGAAGCACUAUGGCAGGAGAGCGAAGAGAACCCCACUGCUGACAAAGAGGCAUAAAAAAGCCAGACUGGAGUUUGCAAAAAUGUACCUGAGUAAGCCUCAGUCCUUCUGGGAGAAUGUUUUGUGGACAGACUAAGGUAGAGCUUUUUGGAAAAGCACAUCAUUCAACUGUUUACAGAAAACAGAAUGAGGCCUACAAAGAAAAGAACACAGUACCUACAGUCAAACAUGGUGGAGGUUCAAAGAUGUUUUGGGGUUGUUUUGCUGCCUCUAGCACUGGGUGCCUUGACGGUGUGCAAGGAAUCAUGAAAUCUGGAGACUAUCAAAAUAUUUUGGGCCGCAAUGUAGGGCCUAGUGUCAGAAAGCUGGGUCUGUGUCAGAGGUCAUGGGUGUUCCAGCAGGAUAUUGACCCCAAACAUACCUCAAAUAGCACCAAGAAAUGGUUGGAGACAAAGCGUUGGAGAGUUCUGAAGUGGCCAGCAAUGAGUCCAGAUCUAAAUCCCAUUGAAAACCUAUGGCGAGAUCUCAGAAUUGCUGUUGCAAGAAGGCAGCCUUCAAAUCUGAGAGACCUAGAGCAGACUGCAAAAAAAGAGUGGUCUAAAAUUCCAUUUAAGAGGUGUAAGAAUCUUGUUGAUGGUUAUAGGAAAUGAGUGGUUUCAGUUAUUUCUUCCGAAGGGUGUGCAACCAAAUAUUGAGUUGAGGGUGCCAAUAAUUUUAUCCAGCCCAUUUUUUGAGUUUUGUGUAAAAUUAGGUCAAUUUUGGAUUUUUUCUUCUGCUGUUGUGUUUUUCCAAUGCACAUCACGGAAAUAAACAUGUGUAUACCAAAAACAUUUGUAAUUGCAACAAUUUCUGGGAGAAAUGGUGUAUUUUCUGGAAAAAUUCCAGGGGUGCCAAUAAUUUUGGCCAUGACUGUAUAUAUGAAGAAUUUUAUGUCAAUUCCCUGGUUCUGUGUGUUACUUGGGUCCUUAUCAACAUUAAACUUUACAUUUGUUUAUCAAACAUAUGUUAGCAGGACUGCACAGUGGAGUGGUGGUUAGAACUUCUGCCUUGCAGCUAGAAGAUCCCUGGUUUGCAUCCCAGCCUUCCUGGGAUCUUUCUGCAUGGAGUUUGCAUGUUCUCCCUGUGCAUGUGUGAGUUUUCUCCGGGUACUCCAGCUUCCUCCCACAGUCCAAAAAUAUGCUGAGGUUGAUUGAUUUUUCUAAAAUUGCCCGUAAGUCUGAAUGCGAGUGUGAUUGUUUGUCUCUAUAUGUAGCCUUCGGAUAGACUGGCGGACUACUCAACACACUAUUAACCUUUCAAAGCAGAAGGAUUAUGACAAGAUUUUCUGACUUCACCAUGACACUUGUAUCAGAGUGAUGUGUUGUUAAUAAAAUAUCACAAUGAAAUAACAGACUUUUUUCAAUCUAUUUAAUAUUGAAGCACCUGCCCCUUUACUCCUUGGUGCCCAAAGUACCCUUUUGUCAAAGUUUUUAAAAAAAAUUUUAUUUAAUUUUAUUUAAUUUUGGGGUUUUUUUGUAAAUGUGUGUGUGUGUGUAAAAGUUUUCAAGGCCCAAAAUAAUAAAUAAAACAAAAAUAAUAAUAAUAAUAAUAAUAAUAAUAAUAAUUCAGAUCUACCCUCGGUCGGUCACAUGAUCCACGUAGACGUCCCUCACUGCUCUGAGGUGUCCAGAUGUUCCCUGUAGCUCAGGAGGAGGAGGACUUCAAGAACUGAUGGUCCUGAUGGUGAGGAGGUUUUGCAGCGGGAUUCGUUUGUGCACGGUGUUUUCUAGAUGACUGACAAAGUGAAGUGAGUCUCCUGUGUGUGUAUCUGACUCUACACAAGUCUCAUCAGUUAUAGCCGCUAGUUAACCACACAGCAUGCUGAGAGGAUAAAGUCUGUCAGGCUUCUUUUUGUUUCUAUAGGUUUCUUUUGUCAUGGGCAAAGUGCAUCAGAGAGAUGUAUUAUUUUACUGUCAGUGAGUUGCAGUGUGUUUCCUGUGUUUCUAGAGGCAAUGAGGCAUAGGUUAUGUUAUUCCACUAAAACUAUGUGCAUUUUCACAUAAUCUUGGACUAUUGCAGUAUAAAUACAAUAACAAUAAUAAUUAGAAGAAUUUGAAUUGGGAUUUUCUCAACCUCUCAUUUAAAGAUAUCAGUAUUUGUUUAUAACAUUUGUAUAUAUAAAUGUAAAUGUAAUAUGCAUAAAUAUAAAAUAUAUAACUUUUAUAACUUUGUUGUCUUGCACAAAGUGGAUAGUCAAACUGAAUAAAAGUACAAAUGCACUUAAAUACAUAAUUUCUGUAUCAUUUAUUUAUAAUUUUUUUACUUUAUUAUUAGCACCACGAAUAAUAAAGGGCAGAUUAUGAAUCAGCACCAUGGAGCAAAUCCAUUGCUAUACAGUACAUGUCUUGAAAAGGUAUGAAACUUAAAAGCAAGGACUCCAGGAAGAGUAGCUGCAGUUACAGUCCAGUGUCUAAUGGUGAUCUAAAUUCAACUUCAAAAUAAUAAUAACUAAUUAGCAUUGCUGAAGGGCCCAGUGGUGGCCACCUCAGGGUUUGAACCACUAACCUUCUGAUCACUAGUCCAGAGACUUAACCACUGCACUAUAUUACCUUCACUAUAAAUAUAGGUUGCUACAAUUCAGCCAGUUUUAUUGUCAGGUAUAUUUCUGUAUGGUGUUUCAAAUUCGUGCUCCAUGUGCUCCCUUUUAACUUUGAGCACACAUCCCAAGUUCCAUAUGAUAAGCAACAAGUAUCAGAUCAGAUACUACAGAUGUUUACAAAGAUGAAGAUGGACUGGUGCAAAAAGCUACAGUACAAAUGGGUAGCAGAAAGCUGGGGAAGAGUAGUCAACAACUCAAUAGUUCAUCCAUACUUGAACAUCCUAUUCAUAAAUUAGUUGUGCUUAUAGAAAACAAUUAAAAUGUAUUCCAUGGGAAUCAAUCUCAAACCACUUACCAAUGUAGAACAUUGAAGGUAUCAGUUUGACUUGAGAGGUACCAGUUAUUUGAUUUUGAAAAUUACUAGAUUUAUUCAAUGUUCAUAAAAUGGUAUCAUGAAUCAUAGUAAUUUGGUGGGAGUGUGACUGUCCAAAGACAGUGAUUCUUGGAAUUUCAAGUUGGUUGUUUUUUGUGUUUAUUUUUUAUAUGUUUGAAUUUUGUAUUAUAAUUGUUCAUAAUGGGAGAGAUGAAUGUACACCUUUAAGAGGUCACAUGGCUGCGUUUUAGCGCAAGGUCACCCGUGUGGGAUUGUGGGUAAUAGCAGCACGGUUACAGAGGAGAACGCCAUUGUUGCUUCAGAGGAUGGCAUUAUUGCUUCAGAGGACGGCAUUAUUGCUUCAGAGGACGGCAUUCUGCACGGUCUGAGAGGUGCACACGGUGAAGUGACUUUUGGGUUUUGUUUUUUUUUAUAUUUUUUCUAUUAUUUGUUCACAUGCAUUGUCUGGCACUGUUGUACUGACGUGUGGGACCUAGCGACGGAAAGCUAGUUUGGAGUCUGUCUAAAAUUACGAAAUUUCUUGUAUAUUUUUGACAUACUUGUAUAUUUUUUUAUUGUCCUAGUUUUCACAGUGUCGGCAGAAUGCAGGGAAUAAAAGUCAAAAGACAUCUGUA